AUGCAUUCAGAUAAUGAACAAGAAGACAGUGAUCUUAAUAGAAAAGAUAUCAAAAUUAAAGUUGAACGAUUUUGUGAACAAUCACAAAUUUAUUUAAAUCGAUUACUAUUACUUAAACAACAAUUAGAUGAAACAAAUCGUUUACAUCAAUUUGAUUCAUAUGUACAAAAAUUGAAUGAAAUGGGCAAAAUUGUUCAAAAUUUACUUCAAAAUAUUCGUAGCAUUGAACAAUUACAUUUACAAUUAAAUGAUAAAGAUCGUUUAAAACUUGAUCGUCAAAUUCGUCUUUUACGAACUGAAAUCGAUCGUGAAAUGUCUGAAUUUCAUAUACUUCGUGAACAAGCUAUGACUUCUACAAUGAAUGAAAAUUUAUCAUCAAUCGAUGAUACUAACAAUAAUGAUAAUAUACAACAAGAUAUAAUAUCUAAUGAACUUCGUCAACGACAUGUAACAACAACAACAACAACAAAUAAUUUAAAUGAUUCAUAUGAUUUACUUGAACAAGAUUUAAUACUUUUACAUGAAACUAUGGGUGAAGUUGCACAACUUGUUGCACAACAAAAAGAAAAAAUAUCAAAUACAGAACAUUUAAUGAAUCUAGCUCACAAUCGAAUACAUGAAGCAUCAACAUUACUUCAACGAGCAAUUCAUAAUAAAUAUGUUACAUUAGCAUCAGGUGCUCUACUUGGUGCUGCUCUUGGUGGACCUGUUGGAUGUUUUAUGGGUUUAAAAAUGGGUGCAUUAGUAGCAUUGAGUGGUUCCGCUGUUGGUGCUCUAUCAGCGAAUUUUAUGCAACAAAGAAUGACAAGAAAUGAUGAACCACAAAGCAAUGAUAUAUCUUAUCAUCAAGCUAUGCUAUGA